GGCGAAGGGAAGGGGGAGAGGGAGAUACUCAGCGUGGGCAUUACCGUGGUGUUGCUACGCCGGCCAAAACAUAUGGAGACGCACCGUGCGAACCAAGUGCCCCUUCGGAAGUGAAGUGGCGCGGACUCAGCACUCCCUCAGCGGCGGCUGACUCGGCGUGCCGGCACCGGCCUAGCGCACGCUUGCCGCCCGGCGCGGAGCGGACCGCUCAGUACUCAGUAGACCAGCGACCAUGCCGGCGGACGGUCUAUCCGCGCUGCUCGACGUGGCCCAGCAGGCCCUCGUGCGUGUGGCCGCCGACGAGGGAUUCAACGACCCACAAUUUGAGGUGGAGUCUGGGUCUGGAGCGAGGGAUGGCUUCACCAGUACGCUCUCCAGGAUCAUCGUGCGAGAAAAGGACGGUAGCAAGGAACUGAGCCUGAUAUGCAAGACUUCCCUGGAUGCAUUCGGAGGCCUUAUGUCUUGGCUCUUCACGACCGAGUGCUACAUGUACAGCACCGUCCUGCCAGCCUUGGAGGAUGUUGCCACCCUGGAGGAACCGUUGCCAUGGCCCAAGUGCUACCACGCCUUCUCUGACGGAGACAAGCCGCCCUACUGCAUGGUCCUGGGCGACCUGCGUCCCGACGGAUUCGCCACGUGCCCGCGGCGCGACGCGCUGGACGCGGCACAGUGCAAGCAGGUGCUGAGGCAGAUUGGCCGCUUCCACGGCGCCGGCCUCGCCCUCAAGCACCUGCGCCCCGAGGCGUUCCAGAGCAUGCGGCAGUGGCGCCACAUCGCGGGCAACACCUACGACACGCCCGAGAUGAGGACCCUGAUGGCCCCCUUUCAGGCCGCAAUUGCCAAGUGCAAGAUCUCAGAACAACUUGCCGAGCGAUUUCCUAGUGGAGACACCCUGGCGGCUCUCGACAAGAUCUUCUCCAUGUACGCGGAGGAUCUGUUAUCUGUGAUGUGCCCCGGUGCAGAGGAAGGAAGCACCAUCAUCCACAGUGACUGCCACACCAUGAACGUCCUGUUUCAAUAUAGUGGGGACUCCGUGACGGGUUGCCGCCUGAUAGACUUCCAGACGGCGCGCUACGGCUGCCCGGCACUGGACCUCAGCACCAUGAUCGUAGCCACCACCGAGAGGGCCACGCGCGAGAAGCACUGGACCGACCUUAUGCAGGGGUACCACCAGCAGCUCCAGGACACGCUCAGGGCGGCGGGUGUGAAGGAACCGGACGAUGUUUAUUCGUGGCAACUUUUCCAGGCCAAUCUCCGCAGCGCAGCCCCCUACUCCCUGGUCUGCGCCACGAUCUCGCUCAGCAUAUUCUACGGUGACAAGCGGGACGAGCAUCUGGACCGAGUUAAAGAGGCGAUCGAAGACAUGAACAAGACGGACAAGGAGGUGCCAGAGGUCUCCAUCUCUCUCUCGGCAGCCGGGCUGCAGCGCCUGGGCGACCUCAUCGAGGACCUGGUGUCCUAUGGCUUGAUGCCGUCCGUGGCUGAUGUGGAGGCGGCAGCGAACCGCUGUGCCCAGUUUCGAAAAAGGCAAUCGCAAAAGCAAUAAAUUUUCCGGCUCAGGAUGA